GUUACGAUUUGCGUGGGACCGCCCCAUUCACCUAAGAAGCGGGCCUAUUGGCCGCCCCACCCGCUGGUAAAUUGCGAGUGGGGCGCGCGUCCUAGCUGUCCAAACGCUAGUCAUUCCAUACUAAUUAUAUCUCGUGUAGGUUGUCCUUGCUGGUAUUCCGCCCAAGCCCAUAGCCACACAGAACUCGCUGCAGCACGAAAGCGCCUGCGAACAGGCCUGCGAAAGCGCGUCGGCCUUGACUUUGACUGCAAAGUCAUUGCAAGUCACUGGUAACCUAUAGCUAUUGACUUGGAUGCAAGGACGUUGUUGAGUUGAACAAUUUGUGAGUCAAGCAAGAGGUGUGACCAAGCGCCGAUGGGGUAGAAAGUAACCGCAGCGUCUUUAGCGCAGCCCUAAGCGGAAGCCAGUGGCACCGAGCUCAAAGUGAUUUCCUUCAGCCUAUGAAUUCAACGUCUAUUCAUUGUUUACCUAGCCAAGGACUCGCGCUGACAACAGACGCAACGGGCGCCCUAACUUCGGGCCUCGAAAUAGUCUUACGAGUGCUAACAGCUGCAUCACAAUCGCCAUUCAUUUAGUUUUUACCUGUGUAGUAUGUCUGAUGUCAAAAUCAGGGUAAUAACGCCGCAGCAGCAUGUCCCCGAACCUCUGCGAGCACGCACGCUAUGAGCGCGAUGGCUAGGGGAAAGAGAAAAGACGCUAGCGGGAGUAACGAGGAUGAGCAUCAUCCCGCUGGUCGAAAGCCAGGCAGAACCAGCGCCAAAAAGCAGAAAGGUUUGGAGGACCAUGGGACUUCGGAGGAGGACGAGAGGCGCAAACGACGGCUGUUGGCAAAUCGCAAAAGCGCCCAGAGGAGCCGAGUGAAACGCCUGGAAGAGGUGGGCGUGUUGGAGACUCUGUGCGAGGAGCUGUCCAAGGAGGUCGACGAGCUGCGCACUGAGCUUACCACCUGGCGAGCCCGCCAACGAGAACUGCGCUCGGAGCACGGCAAGUUCGUGUCGCGCCUUGCCCUGCACGGAGUUCAAGUGGACGAGGAGCCGGUGCCCGAGGUGCUGGCCGUGCCCGACGUCGUGCUACCCCCCAGGCCGCGUAAGGCGGCAGUGGAUGAUGAGGGUGAGGAGGAGAGCGGCGACGCCGACUCCGUCGGCGAUGAUGCGGAGCUGCUGGGCGACGGUUCGGAGCCAGCCGGCGCGGAUGAAGACGUGAAGAUGGUGACCGAGGCCGGCGCCGAGGGUGACGGCGAUGGCGGAGGCGUGGACCUUGACAUGGUGGCCGCUGGGACGUUAGGGGUCAAGGCCGAGACACCCAGCCGCACCCACACGGCUGUUGCGCCUUCUCCGCAGCCCGUGCAGCACCCGCCCAGCAGCCAGCCGCACGGGCAGCAGCCAGGGGGUCCCGCUGCGCAGCCCGCGCAGGCGCAGCCGCAAGCACACAAUGGCGCCUCCGGGCAGCUGCAGCGGCAGCCUCUGCAGGAUGCACAGCAGCGCCGCAACUCGGGUGGAUCGGCAGGUGCAGGUGCGGGCGCGGCCGCGGGCGCGGGUGGUGCCUCUUGUGCGGCUAUCGGCGCUCGGCACGCCGCACAGGGCGCGGCCUACGGGGCCGCUGCGUCCGGGGUCGCUGGCGUGUUGUUAGAGCCCUGCAGUGUCAGAGGGGCUGCCGGCUCCCACCACGUCGGGCAACUGACAACCUUUGGGAGCAGCAGCGCUGCCGGCGCCGGCCCCACUGCGGCCGCUCUGUAUGCGUCUGGUUCGGGCGGCUAUGGCCUUAGCCCGGCAGAGCCCCUCGCCGCAUCGCCCCUGUCUGGCAGUGCCUUGGCUGCUGCUGCAAGCGGCCCGUCGCAGGCGUCGGCGGCAGCUAUGGCGGGCACGGGCGCCGCGCCAACACCUCCCGGCUACAGCACCGGUGAAGGCAGUGGCGGCAGCAGCGUGGCGCAGCCUAUGCUGGGCAGGCAGGCUGGUGUCCUCAUGUACCCUGAACCGCCUUCAUACUACUGCUGCCCGGGCGUACAGCAGGCGCCAUUGGGCCCUCAGCAGCAGCAGCAGCAGCAGCAGCAGCAGCAGCAGCAGCAGCAGCAGCAGCAGCAGCAGCAGUCACACCACCAAGCACAGCACCAGCCGCCGCCGCCGCCGCCGCAGAAGCUCACGCCGCACCAAAGCCUGGGCGGUCACCACCACCCGCACCGAGGCCCGCAGCUCGCUCCGCGCCCCAGCGGCCACCACCAGCCUACGCAUGCAUCGCAGCAGCUGCGGCACCAUAACAGCCAGCCGCUGCCGCUCAAAAGCGGCGGCAACUCAGCGGACCUGCAAGGCUUCGCCAGCUUUCCCGCUUGUGCCGUAAGCGGCUAUAGCGGUGGGAGCGGUUUGCAUCGAGGCCGGUCUGGCAUCGCCGCUGCAGCCGCACUGGCUGCCGCGACCGCCUUGGCGUCCGGCCGCAUUGGCCCAGCAGAGCUCAAGCGCGUUGCCAGCAUCCCCAGCGCUGGAGAUGUGGCACCGCACCACCAGCACGGCCUGAUGAGCUCGGGGUCUGGCGGCGCCGGCAGUGGGAUGCCUGGCCACUCGGCCACCCGGCAUCCGGAUCCUCCACACGCCUUGGGUGGCGGCGCGGUCGCCUCCGGUGGCCCGAACAUGUGUGGACCAUCAGCAGCAGUCAGUGGCGGGUGCGGAGGGCUGGCAGCCGCGGCUGCGCCGCUGGAGCCGCACCAGCACUUGCAUGGCUCGGCGUCAGUACCGUGGGGCGGCUUCGGGCGUGCCACGUGCGGCGCCCACGCCGGCGGCCCUCACGGCUUGCACCUGCAGCACCACCGUCAUAAUCUGGUGCCAACCGCUGCAGCCGUUGCAUCGCCUGCCGCAGCCGCCGCUGCGGAAGCUGCUGCUGCAUCCCAAGGUGUGUUGAGCAACGCCGGCACGGCCAACGGACACAAUCUGCAGCCGCUGCUGCUGCCUGCGCAUCCCGAAGACCCAGACGCAGCCCUGUGGUCCGACCUCUGUGGCCCGUCCUCCGACCUCCAUCGCCGCGCUCCUGCAGCCGGCGGGGCAACUGGUGCGGCUGGCGGGUCAGCCACGCCCAUGCAGCUGGAUGUUGAAUGCGACCCUGCGGGCCCCCUCUUCGGGUUCGGCGGCAGUCGCAGGGGCAGCGUCGACAGCUUGGGAAUACUGGGUUGCGGCAGCGCUGGAGGGUCGGACAGCGGUCGCGGCGACGGUGGGGGUCAGUUCCGCGAUGUGGCACAGGGCGCAAUGAGUAUGGGACCGGCCGUCGGUGCCUCUGUUGCUACCGCUGGCGGCGUGGCUAUGCGAAUGGUUGUUGCCGGCGCCGGCACCGGCGCCGAUGCCGCUACAGUCGCGGCCCAUGCGGGGCGCCGCAUGUCGCUGUCUGGGGGCGAAUCGGCUGGCAGUGGCCGCGGCAGCAAGAGGUCGGGCAGCUCAGACUCGGGCCGGAGCCUGACGUAUGUGCAACUGACGGAGGGCCUGCGUGGCACACCAAAGGCCACGGCAGCUGUGGUGGCGGCGGCUGGGACUGCCCUCAGCAUGGACAUCGGAGAGCUGCCUAACGAUGCGUUGUCGGCGUACCAGGAUGGCGAUGGCGGACUGCUAUUGGACGGCUGGGAUUUAGGACUGUAGUUACGGCGGCCAAUUAAUUCUUGGGACGACCUCAGACAGACUGACGAGCUGUUGGGGGAGAAAACCCUAGCAUUGUUUGAGAACCCGGAUGCUGCUUUUGCGCCGGAGCUACGUAGCAAGCGAUAGCGCUUGUUGGAGUUGUCAGCCCAUUAAUUCUUCUCACUAGAGGAUGGAUCUUCAACCGCAAACGCAACUGGCUUUGCCGGACACAGCCUUGCCUGAGACACGUCGCCCAACUGGGAAACACACACGCACCAAGGCUUUCUGCGCCAUCCACCAAAUUCACUUAUUCAGACACACUGGCAGAAUGCAAUGCAGUCUCACUUAUUGACCUAGACCGAGGCAGGCACCAGGGCUUAUCAUGUUGAUGCCAAGAUUGCAAGCUUCGGCACAGGACACGACAGGAAGGCAGUGAGAGCCGUGAAGGGGUGGGGUAAUGAAGGUAGGGAGUAGUAGUGCGCUCUGUGGUUGCAAGGUGGUGAGCAGUGCUCUGACCUUUUCAAGGUGACAGGGAACAAACGCGCACCCGCAGUAAGGUGUUGAUCGUGGUGGUGGCUGCAGCAGUACAGCAGCAGCUGAUGUUGUAGGUGUACGCGACGGACCUGGGGAGUUGCGCCUCAUGCCCCCGGGCGGUGGCGCACAGGCAUUUGCGGCGUCAGCAGAAGCGGUAUAAUUUAGGUAACGACGUCUCCAAUAAGCGUGCACACGCAUGCAGCAUGUGAUCGGUUCGAUGCAUGUACUGGUGAUUUGACCAUUAUGUGUAUUUGUGUUGGGCGGGUAUUGAAGCUGCUAGGAUACUCGCCUCUUGAUGGCUUCGGUUCGCGCACAAAUAUUGUUUGCACGCGGCAGCCCGUGAAUAUGCUGUGAAGUGAGAAUCCC